GGUGAAUUUCAAAUUAGGUUUGGACAGCGAGGUCUAAUGUCCGAAUGUCACUUCCAUGUCUUCUGUUCAGGCUGCACAAUGUGUAGAGAUUUCUCUCUGUGUCCAGGAUCGCGCGAUUGGAUCAUGGAAGCUCCAUCAAUCGAGAUAUCCCUCCUCAAGCUUGGAGGAAAAAAGAGGUAAUGCCUUGCGGAACUGAAUUAUCUCGUCUUCGAGUUGCAGAAGUAUCUGCUGGAGAUGCAAGAUUUUAGUGCACUCCUUGCCGUCGGCCUUCUCUCGUGUUCUCUCUUGUUUCUUUAGGUUUGCCGGCUUUCUUGGAAGUGUCACAUGUAUAAGGAGGCUAUAGUCACAGAUCCUUUCAAAUCAGCUGGAUCAGUCGAACGAGAACAAUGACUACAAAGCUUCUACAAUCACGGAUUGCAGCAGAGUAUUCAUUCCUCUGUUCCGUACAGUGUUUUAAUCCAGGCUGCUAAUAGUAGCUUGCCAGCGUAUCGACCCUGCUGACUUCGCAGCUGUCUUCUUGCUCGAAGAAAGCCCAGCCGGAGUCCGAUCUCUCGUCCGCCACAUCAGGGUCCAAGGUUCAGUGCUCGUGAUCGCAUGCGCUCAGGCAUCUCGCAAUCUGCGUAUUCGAUUCCGGACGAUCAGGCCCGGCUUCUGGAGGGAUAGAGCCUUGCACCCCCAACAGGUAUGUGCACACUCUUCUCACGCCCUGCGUAUGUGCCCUUUUAUCCUUUCUGAAUGUCCUCCAUCUCCGCUUUCAAUCACGUUUCUGGACGAAGAAGUCUACCAGAUUUUCAGCCGCAGAUGUCCAAUUUGAUACUUGCAAAUCGUCCUAUCGAGAUCUUGAUGCUGCGGAUGCCAGAAUUUUAUCGAGGCUGUCGCUAACAGUUAUUCAUCAAAACGAGAAUCAAAUUGGGCCAAUUGUGAAAGAAGUCCAAUUGAUAUCUUAUUUGUUUCCGUCGGUGGUCAACCAGCCGCCCUAGCUCAGUUGGUAGAGCGCAAGGCUCUUAACCUUGUGGUCGGGGGUUCGAGCCCCCCGGGCGGCGCUGACCAGCAUCGGUGGUCUAGGGGUAGAAUAGUUCCCUGCCACGGAACAGACCCGGGUUCGAUUCCCGGCCGAUGCAGUUUUUUGCCAAUGCCUGAUGGCGAUGGCAGGCAAGGCUAGAAGAAAUUCUCGCAUGAGGAUUUUAUAUCAAUUCGAUUUUGUCCGAUGGCGGCGUUGUCGAGAUGCCGAACAAGCUCCACAGGUGCUGACGGUAGAGCAGUUCGUUAUUUUUGUUAUUUGGUCCAUGGAGGUCGCAGACGCUAAGUGGCAGCCGACGUUUGCUUCACUGAUGGUGACUCUGUUUGCUGCUGCUGAUCCUUGAUGGUGAUGCACAGCGUCACUUCGCCUCUUGAAAAGUGGCAGGAUUUGAUUUGCCUUCCGAACUUGGCAAGGAUGUGGGCAGUCUUCCUCCCUAGCUAGUCUUCGGUGCUACGGAUCGACAGCAGGCUGCACUGGAGAUGGUAGACAUUUCAGCCAGUAUGAAGGACGCAGACGUUGUGUGAAGUGUGAGGCAGAAGUUGCGUGUUAGCAUGCCUCCCACAGUCUCUGUCCUCUGUGUUGGUACCUCUCUUAGACAUCCACAAUCAGCAUUGACACUUCGAGUGCCUCAAGCAAGCAGUGAAUGUGGAGUAGUUACAUUUCGUGUUUGCUUUUCAUCGGCUUUCUCCAUUAUUAGGAGAUGUGGUUCUACUAGGGCAGCACAUGGAACAAAACCCAGCGGCAAACGCCAUCAAGAGAGAUCAAGGCAAAGACCACUCAAGGCCAGAAGAAGAGUGGAAGGGGUGGUCCAUCUUACGAUGAAGAGCUGUCUCUCCGACUGCAGGCAACUCGUAAGAUCCGGUAAUCUGGAAAUGGGGUGCCGAACAAGCAUCACCUUUAAUAGUUAUGUCGGCCACCAUAGCUGAAGCUAAUGCACAGCUGAGCACAAACUAAUCUGCUCUUACCAGACUGGUUCAAUAAGAGGUAUGCAUAUGAAAUGACUCAGUCAUUUUUCUUGUAUAGUCAAGCAGGAAAGGAGUGCUCUUUGAUUUGUCACUCCCAAGUGGAUGUACACGUUGCAGACCAUAGACCACAACAUGUCCUGUUCUAUUCUAUCUUUCAACUACAGCGACUGACCUAUCAAGGACAAGCGAGCUCCACUAUUGAAAAAGUUUGGGCUCUUAUUUGAGGAGAUGAGAAGAACAAGGCCUUGCCUUCUUCUAAGCAACUAACAGCAGGAGGGCCAUUUGUGCAGCUUCAUUGUCCACCCAUUAGAAAAAACUUUCUACAAUCUACUGAGGCCUCCAAUAGAUUUUUGGACUUGGUCUGAUGAGGGAGUGAGGAAAUGAGUGGCAAGGAUCAAGACCCUCACUUCCGGACGAGCUCUCUCUUAGUUCAACGUGGCCAGGUCUGUACUUCUUCUCUUCGCCCUGCCCCUCUCCUCGUUGUGGAAUCCGCUCACCUCAACGUCCUUCAACUAUGAUUUGAAAUUUUUCAACGGAGUCCUACUGACGUUACAUCAGGCUGUAGACUUUUAUCAUUCCUUUGGAAUGACGAUUUCUGCAACCUCCUAGUUGGCAGUGAUUAAGAACGGUCAGGUCAAAAAUUGAAAUGUAAAUUAGUUUUGAAAAUAUUUAUGUAUGUUACUGUUUCUCCAUUGUACAUGAAGCCGCCCUAGCUCAGUUGGUAGAGCGCAAGGCUCUUAACCUUGUGGUCGGGGGUUCGAGCCCCCCGGGCGGCGUUAUUACUUUUUCCCUGGGUGUGUUUAUUUGGGCUUUGAAGGUUGUGGUCACUGCUCACUGCUCAUUUUGGCCAAGCCCACAGCUGCUCUUCUUCGUGGAUUUUUGCCUUGAAUUCGGUAUUGUUGGCUGACUUCAUCGUGAUGAAAUCGACAUGUUUAUAUUUCAGACUGGAUAUCAGUCUGAUCACAUGGUUGUGAAAUAGAACAUUUAUUCUCCUACCCUAUGAAGGAAUUUGGUUUGAGAUUUGAUGUUCACUGAGUCGUAGUAAUAAGGGGAAUAACGGAUCUAUGUAGUCCUUUAGAGAGUUCAUUGUAAUCAUCUUCAUGUCUCUAGUCCAAUUGGGGGUAGAGUAUGCGAGCUUCUAAAGUAUUUCCAAUGGCGCUUUGGGGACGUAUGGAGGGUUCGUUCCGAAAGCCCCAUCGGAGAGUCCGUUCGUUCUCUUCAAUGUAGGGCUUGAUGUUGGCAUUCCCAUCUUUUUAGCUGUCCACUCGGCUCCUUGCAUCUCCCGAGAUUGAACCUCGUUUGUUCGUCGAGAUAGUACUCAUUCACCUCGUGCAUAGGUGUCUAAGAUGAGUUUCUUUGCGAUUGAAUCACGAGCCCAUAGAGUGCAUAUAUGUGGCAAGUUUGUAGUACACUGGAUUCUCACUCCUUACCAUUUUGGUGCAGUAUUAGACACUUGUGUGGGAUGUAUAAUUAAAUGUCUCUGCUAUCAGAUACACAGCAGAAAGGAUACUCCCAGUUUUGUUGUGGCACACGUCCCACCCUCACAGCAUCUGUACUGCUGCUUUCCUAUACCUUGUGUGCAGGGAUGGCUAUUUUAGGCGACCGUAUACCACCGCGCCUAAAUUACCUAAAUGUCAGUUAUUUAUUUUGUUACCACGUCAGUCUCAUAGGUCACGGAGGUUAGAAUUCGGAGUGGUAAAUAAAUUUUCUUUACCCAAGGUACUCACAGCCCGAUUGCAAGCGUUAUCACUCUCUCCCCCUUUACUUCCACUUUCUCCCCCUUUACUUCCGAACCCCUCAUUAGUUUUCAAGUGCACUCGAGGUGACUUUUUAGUAGAAAUGCGUCGAAAUGACCUAAAUUAAUUUUCUUGAAGCGAGUAAAUUAAACGUAUUUAGGUAGUCUAAAUCACCUAAAUGAAUUUUCUUGAAGCGAUUAAAUUAAACAUAUUUAGGUGUUUUAGACUACCGAGUAAUAAAACCACGCCCGCUCAUGUGCAUGGCCUGUCCAGGAGUUGUUGGGCGUGGACAAUGCACUAUGUUACUCAUUACAUGUACUUCACUCCAUCUGCUGUCAAAGACUACCUCUAGUUUCAAAUGUCUGCCCUGAUCCGUGGAAGCGAAGAGGCAACUCUUGCUUCCAAAGUUGGCAAUCUACAGUUGAGACUCAUUUGCAGGAAUACUUUAUAUUUCGUUCGAUCGGAGGAACAUUGAUCUGUACUCCUCUCAGACCUCCGGACUCCCGAGUCCAAAUUUUCCCUUCAGCAAAAGACUUGUUGCUUGUCGACGCACUUUACCAGACUAAAUUCGGAUUGAGCGAAUCUAACAAUUUAUGCUCUUGAUGUGGACGUGUAGUUCCGUUAGCUAAGAAGGUCGUGAGUCCUGAUGGAUUGAAAUGCACGUCUUAAGGUGCAAUUCCAUCCCACAGGGCGUGGUUUCACAACUCGAUUGCAGGUUUCUACGUGGGUACUCCAUAAAUGUUUGUCGGCUUCAAGGCAUCGGAUUGUACCGGAGACAGAUCCCUUUGUGCACGCCUACUGUUUAUCAUUCAAUAUUUGAUUUGCAGAUCAUUUCAUCCCCACCGCAGGUGUGUGAACAACAAUAACUACCCUCCUGUACCUUCUUUCUCAGUUGAAUACAAAAAAAAACUAUUAUAGCAAAAUAUGACCAAGUCCUAUCACACUUAUCACCUCCUAUUGGAUAUUUCGAACACCAUACAUCAAUUAUUGACCGUCACAAAAGCUUGAAUGAUCUUUAAACAAAAAUAUUGGAUUUGUGAAUGGCGGCCUAUGACAACUAGCGAUGACUAAGAUUAUUCAAAUCCACAUCUUCUCCACUUCAAUCUUGAAGUUGAUCUAAGUUGAUCUUAACUUAAUGGUUCCCAAGUUUGGUAUUGUCUUUUUCAAACAUUUAUUCAAAGGUGUACACCAGAGUCCUGCAUUGGGCUGUACCCAUAUCCAUAACACCGGGGGUCAACUUUACCCACCCAUUACCUAUCCAUGUUACUUUGUCCAUAUUCAUUAACCACUCAAUUCAUACCCAUUGUGAUCAUUUAUUUAAGAAAACUUUGAAAUGAUUUUAAAGAAGAAAUAUUUAUAAUUUGAUCAUCUGAUUCAUAUAAAUCCUUCAGAAGUGAAAAGUAAUGUAGAGUACAGUGCUGCGGCACUAAGCAGCAUGAGAACGCAACCAUCUAUGGUUUUCUCUCAUUUGCUCUUCACCUUUUUAUCUUCGGAUCCAAGAUUGCUUAACAUUCUAUG